AUGGCUGCGGCAGCUGUGAGCAUUCAUGUUGAGCAGGGCGAGACGCCUAUACAGCUCGACAUGGGCCUCCUUGCAUCUUGUGAUGCGAAUCCCAUUGAUGAGCGCGAAUACAAAAAGAAUCCCGAGUCUGUCUUACUGUCGCGCACUCGCAAUGCGACGCAACAUCUGGUCAAUACCUUAUUUCAAUUGCCGAUCGAACGGGACCCGUCAUAUGGACCACUGGCAUCUCUUCCUGCAUUUACAUCGCUGUUGCCGCGCGAAAAGCCGCUACCUAAGCCGAAGCCCCUCACCAAGUGGGAGCGGUUUGCGCGUGCCAAAGGCAUUGUGAAGCGCAAAAAGGACCGCCUUGUCUUUGACGAAGAACGCCAGGAAUGGGUACCGCGCUGGGGAUACCAGGGUAAGAAUAAGGAAUUGGAGGACCAAUGGCUUGUUGAGGUACCCGCGAAUGCUGACGACGACUACCGGCCUGACAAGGAGGCAGCUAGGGAUCGUGAGGCUCGGCGCAAAAAGAACGAGAUGCAGCACCAGCGCAACUUGGCACGAAGUGCUGGACCGGCUCAUGCGGACGCUGCUCCGAAAAGCCAACUUGGUUCCGGCCGUGCCCUUCAAGCUGCACGGAAGCGUGCAGAACUCGAGGCCACCAUUCAGCGUGUUCGUGGCAGUACUGCAUCGCUAGGCCGCUUUGACAAGCAGCUGGAAGGCGAAUCAAAGCCGCGUGGAGUCAAGCGCUCAUUCCAACCGAACGAACUCGAUGCUCGGCAGGAACGGGCGUCUAACCUCAAGCUGCUCGCCAACAUCGACAAAGGCAGCACCGAGUCAGAGAUGAAUAUGCGCAAGGCUAUCAAGUACGCCAGCCAGGCACAGGGCUCCAAAGCCUUGGCCCAAAAAGCCGAGAAGCGGCGCAAGUGA